UACCCCAUCCCGACCCAUGAUCUUAAUGAUCUGGUCAGUGAGAAGGCUGCAUUCGAUAUUAGAAAUGCUGACCUUUGCUCUGGGAAAAUCUGGCUCGAUGCCUCUGCCGAUUCGAUCAUUGGAGUCAGAGCAUUCAAGACAGCCCAAAUUGCGCAACUCAACCUAUCACCUCUCAGGGACAUGGGUAUUGGGUCAUCUCCCAACGAUCGCAUUGUCCUCAAAAGACCAUAUAUCGAUGACCAUCCUGCGGAAGUCAAACCCCCAUUCACACAUUAUGCCCUACAAGACGAGUCCAACAUACUCUACCACAAAGCUAAUGCUUUGUACUGGGCCAAAGCACUCUUGCAGAUGACAUACCAAUUCAUUGAUUGUGCUGUCGAAGAUACCAAGGUACUGCCACCUUUCGAAAUUCCUCACCCACACUUUGUGGAUGCAGGAUUGUUACUUGUGUAUUCAGAUGUGCCAGUGGAAACAGAAAGGGGGUCUGGGAAGCUGUCCAAGCCCAGCAGUAUUGUGAAUGUCACAUACCUUGUUGAGGAACUCAUCCACACAUCCUCAGAUGAUGAGUUUGUGAAGUACAUCCACAAUGGCAAUGUGGCUCCUUGCUUCCUUCUGGAUACAAAGGCAGAAGAGAUCACAGACUUUUUGGCCUUCACUCAACAUGUACAGUACAUCAUGACUGGUGGUCAAGUAUACAUAUCUGACUAUCAAGGUAAGCUGUGGCGAUAG